AAGAGCGAAGGAUUGUUGGUGUCUGAGUCAGAAAGUACGAACAGCAACGAAACAGAGUUUUUAGCGACUCAGGUCUUGGGUUCAGCAUGGCGUCUGGCAGUACGAGCAGUGAGGAGGAGAGGAGCCUGCGUGAGUGUGAGCUCUAUGUGCAGAAACACAACAUCCAGCAGCUGCUGAAGGACUGUAUCGUCCAGCUGUGCACCUCCAGGCCCGACCGACCCAUGGCCUUCCUCAGAGAGUACUUUGAGCGACUGGAGAAGGAGGAGGCCAAACAGAUCCUCAGCCAGCAGAAGUCAAACUCCCGUUCAGACUCGCGUGAAGACGAGAUCUCUCCUCCCAUGAACCCGGUGGUGAAGGGGCGUCGACGCCGAGGGGCCAUCAGCGCUGAGGUCUACACAGAGGAGGACGCCGCCUCCUACGUCAGGAAGGUCAUUCCUAAAGACUAUAAGACAAUGGCAGCCCUGGCCAAAGCCAUUGAGAAGAACGUGCUGUUUUCUCACCUAGAUGACAAUGAACGAAGUGAUAUAUUCGAUGCCAUGUUCUCUGUGACCUACAUCGCUGGAGAAACUGUCAUUCAGCAAGGGGAUGAGGGUGAUAACUUCUAUGUCAUUGACCAAGGAGAAAUGGACGUGUAUGUGAAUAAUGAGUGGGUUACCAGCAUCGGCGAGGGCGGGAGUUUUGGUGAACUGGCCCUGAUCUACGGCACUCCCAGAGCAGCCACCGUCAGAGCCAAGACCAACGUCAAGCUGUGGGGAAUUGACAGAGACAGCUACCGGAGAAUACUCAUGGGAAGCACGCUCAGGAAGAGAAAGAUGUAUGAGGAGUUCCUCAGCAAAGUCUCUAUUUUAGAGUCUCUGGAUAAGUGGGAGAGACUGACGGUGGCAGAUGCUCUGGAGACAGUUCAGUUUGAGGACGGCCAGAAGAUCGUGGUGCAGGGAGAACCUGGAGAUGAAUUCUUCAUCAUCCUGGAGGGUUCUGCCGCAGUGUUGCAGCGACGGUCAGAGAAUGAGGAAUUUGUGGAGGUCGGAAGGCUGGGUCCCUCUGACUACUUUGGUGAAAUUGCUCUGCUGAUGAAUCGGCCCCGUGCUGCCACUGUGGUCGCACGCGGUCCUCUGAAGUGCGUAAAACUUGACCGACCCCGGUUCGAACGUGUUCUCGGCCCCUGUUCGGACAUACUGAAGAGAAACAUCCAGCAGUACAACAGCUUUGUGUCCUUGUCCGUCUGAGGAGCUUCACGCCCUCCUCCUCCUCUACCACAGGGUCCACCAGUGCAAAUCUG